UUGCUUCCUCUCUAUCUCUAUCACGAGAACUCUCCUCUGUUUCAAUCUCACGUCACAUCGGAUCUUAUACAAACACAUAAAACUAUUUUUUCACUUUUUUCCAUUUUCUGGGUUAGUUUUUAAAAAAUGGGAACAAUAGAGAUGGAUCCAAAGGUGAACGAUCUCUCUCAAAUCCUCCCUCGUGUCCUCGUCGUCUCCAGACGCACCGUUCGUAAAAACAAAUUCGUCGAUUUCGUUGGUGAAUACCAUCUUGAUUUGAUAGUACGUUACGGAUGUGUACCAGUGAUUUUAGGUCUUGCUAAGCUUUGUCUUGAACAGAACAUUCCUUACUUAGGAAUCUGCAGAGGAUCACAAAUUCUGAAUGUUGCUUGUGGUGGGACUCUUUAUCUAGACUUAGAGAAAGAGCUAACGAAUAAGUUACCGGAAAAACGUAGAACGAAGCAUAUUGAUUAUGAUAACUAUGAUGGACACAGACAUGUUGUGAGGAUUGUUGAGAACAGUCCACUUCAUUCUUGGUUUAAAGAUUCGUUGGAUGGUGAAAAUAUGGAGAUUUUGGUUAAUAGUUAUCACCAUCAAGGUGUUAAGAGAUUGGCACAGAGGUUUGUGCCUAUGGCGUUUGCUUCUGAUGGGUUAAUGGAAGGGUUUUAUGAUCCGGAUGCUUACAAUCCUGAAGAAGGGAAGUUCAUAAUGGGUUUGCAGUUUCACCCUGAGAGAAUGAGACAUCAUGAUCUUGAUGAGUUUGAUUAUCCUGGUUGCCCUGCUGCCUAUCAGGAGUUUGCAAAGGCUGUGAUUGCGUAUCAGAAGAAGCUGAACAGUUCAAUGUCAGUUCCAAAGACAUUGAAGCUUGAUAGAGAAAUGGAGAAUAAAAGAAAGAUACUGGUUCGGAGUUUCUCACUUGCAAAGUGUAUGUACGUUAGAGGAGAACCUGGUAAGAACCCAUCAAGAGUAUCGGAACUCGAAGUUGGAGCCGAGUUUCUUGAGUCAAACACGGCGCUAAGCGCGGAGCAAGAGAUGAGGCUAAAGGAGAUGGGAGCGACGGUGAGGAACGGAGGAUCUUACAUGAAAAAGUUGAAAGUGGACGAGGACAAGCAGAGAAUGGCUAGGAAUAUGAUGAACAAGAUGAACAUUGAGCAACUCUCAGAGCUUAUGGCGUUUUAUCAUUUGAUGGGUAACAUCUGUGGAGAAGUUUUGGAACGAAAGCUUCAUGACAAUGUCAAUGAAUGCUUGAGGGAUCUGUGAGUUUCAUAUGAAACGCAUGGAGAGGAUGCUUUGUGAAUUUGCUUUCUUUUUGUUUUCUGGUCAAACGAUGGAAAAAAUGGGUAAUAUGUGCAUAAUCCUCAAUUUAGUGGUAUCUAACCGCCAUAGAUUACUUUAUGAUUUCCCAACAAUUUAUUUUAAUAUUAAGCAGGCUGUGACUGCUAUUAUACC